AUGGAGAUCGAGGCGAAGCAGCGUAGCCAGAAGAAUCGGCGACGGGAGCGGGCGCAGCGCAUGCUGGCGCAGAGGGAGAGCCUGGCCACCGCGAAGCAGCAGCAACAGCAGCAGCAGCAGCAACAGUCGCAGCAGUCGCGACAACGACCGCCGAAUGACGAGGAGGACAGCCACAGUGGCGAGGACGAGGACCCCGCCGGCGACGGCCACUCGCGACCGCCCAGGCCACCGCGACCCCCGAGGCCUCGUAAGAAGUCUUCCCUCGCGGCCACCAACCAGAAGGAGCCACCUUUCGAGGAGGACAUUAUCGACGGAUUUGCCAUCCUCGCCUUUCGCUCGUACGAGGAACUCGAGAGUGCAAUAAAGUUAGCUGGUAAAAAUAAUGUCAAGAAACUGCACACGUUGCUAUCGAUAGUGGAGGAGAAACCAAAGGUGGACACGGGACAGAAUAACAGGCACAACGAGCACCACAUCAAAAACAAUUUCAAGCACAACCAUUACACACAUAAUUCCAUACUGACACCCUCGACGCUAAACCAGGGCCUAGAUGCAGGUACAAGCGACGAUAGUGGUAGAGCGUCUGAACAGUUGCACGGCCCUGGUAUACCUAGGGAUUGCCAGGACGCAGACAGUUCUAGGGACCAUCUUAGCGAUGCUAGCAGUCAUUGCAGUUCGGGUAAAGGUUAUAUCUGUGAUAGUGAAGGAGAAGACGAUAAGGGCUCGGAUGCCGAAUCUAUACUCUUUGAAUCUUCUACCCCACCACCUCUCACACGUAAAUACGAAUUGCCGUCUUCUUCGCCACACAUUUUACCACCCACAAACGGGGCAGGUGGAUCUCCACCGGACACGGGUGGUCAAAUUUCUAAUCCAGCAACGAAUGCUCCGGCACCUAUACCACCUCCUGUGCCUGCGUCUGCACCAGUUCCAACAGCGCCGAGUCCUCCUAGCCCCACGUUGCCUCCACACAUAUCCCAGCCUUCUAUGACUAGUCCUUUGGCAGCGAAUCCACGUGCAAUAGCUCCGCAACAGCGGCCAGCUUCCCCCGCUCUGCCACCACCCUCCCUAUCCCAGCAACCACACACUACGAUACCUGCAUUGCAUCCACCCAUUGGACCCCUCGUCUCGAGUCAUACAACUAGUCCAGCGGUAGCCAGUUUAGGUGUUACGCCGGCAGCACCAUCGAACGGAGCGGCCACCACGAGUUAUCCACCGCCCAUUCCCAUAGCCGCAUAUCCGCAGACGCAACCGUCGUAUCCACCGCUCUACACUCCGUACACCGCACUGAAUCACAGCCCGUAUCUUCCGCCCGCGGUACCAUCCCCUUCUCACUCUGCUUCGUCGCGCGCUGACGUGAGAGGGAGCAGAGCUUCCCCCUGUACCAACAUAAGUAAACAGACCAUAGGAAAUAACCUCGCGAGUCACAAUAAUACUCCACUGAGCGCUGCUACCACAACAUGCGUAUCCACCAUAACUAAUACAGUUACCACGGCAAAUACUAUCGCUCACAGAGACAUGGUGGCCUGCAGUCUGUCCGGGCGAAACAACAACUCUCCACGUGGACACAGCCCCAGUCGGGAAAGGGAUAGUUACAGCAGUAACGUGAGUAGUCUAAGUCGGGGCAGCAUAACGCCUGUUAGUGUGCCAAACACCUCCUCUCCAGCCAAUUCUAGUCUACCUGCUUAUACCAAGCCACAAGGUUGGAUUAGCAGCAACACAGCUUCCCAGCUAUCCCCAGCGACAGCUACAUCUGUUCCGAGGCCAACUCCGCCGCCGGUACCACUCGGCAUACAUACGUUUCCACCACCGAUGUUCGCAGCGCCUUUACCACCGCCAGUGUCUAGUUCAAGCCCGCAUACUUCACUGCCCUCACUUCCUCCACCGACGACCAAUCCCAAUCCUUUCUCUGCGGAGUCUCUGUUCCAAACAAAAGGGGUGACACAUGUUGCAGGUCAGGCAGAUCUUCUGAGGAGAGAACUUGAUAAUAGGUUCCUGGCGUCUCAAGACAGAAAUGUUGGAGUGGGAAAUUUGGGUCCACCGGCGUAUCUUCGAACGGAAAUGCAUCAUCAUCAGCAUCAGCACACGCAUGUACAUCAGCACACGACACCGUUGUUGCCAACAGCCGCAGCGUCGACGCUUUUUCCUCCUCCAAUUUUUAAGGACAUCCCAAAAUUGGGAGGAGUCGAAUCGCAAUUUUUUCGUUCAAAUCUUCCUGGUUAUUCUGGUUUUAACCCCGGCCUUCUUCAUCCCGGAAUUGGACCGCCUUCGACGCCCUUCGUGCCACCCAAUCACUUGACUCCGUUUGCGCCAAAGAAAAGUGGAAAGUGGAAUGCGAUGCACGUGCGCAUUGCGUGGGAGAUAUAUAAUCAUCAACAAAAGCAACAGGCUGAAGCUAAGGCGGGAAGUGUCGUUAGUACCAAAACUGAGUUAUUAAGACCACCGGGCCAUCUUUAUCCAGGGGGACCAGCCAGUGGUCUUGGGCUCAGUGCACCAUCAAUGGCACCUCCGUUUCCCACUAACAUGCCGUCUGCCCAUCCCGCGCCAGCGCCACCGCAUCCUGUCAGUUUUCUGUCUACAACGGCCUCACAUUUAGGAGCAGGUAUAUCUCCCUUCGGAAGGUAUCCCUCAACGUUCGGCGCGCCGAAUCCCAAUUUUCCAAAUCUUUCAACAUUUCCGCCGAGGGAAAUGCCGCCUCUGGGUGGACUGGGCGCGGUGCACGAUCCAUGGCGAGGAUUGCAACGCGCUACUACUGGAUUUCCACAGACUACUGUCUCGUGGGGCUUGAAGCCGGAACCUCCUGCGAUAGACAGGCGUGCCGAGUUGGAGGAACGGGAGCGCGAGCGUGAACGGGAGAGGGAGCGCGAACGGGAGCGUGAACGCGCCGAACGGGAGCGCGAGCGCAUCAGACGCGAAAGAGAACGGGAGAGGGAGAGAGAGGAGCAGCGCGAGAGGGAAAGGCGGGAGCGCGAGAAGGAGGAGAAGAGGAAACAGCAGGAAGCGGCCGAACGGGAGCGUGAGAGGCGGGACAAGGAGCGCCGCGAGAUGGAGAGACGUGAGAUGGAGCGCGAGAGACUGCUUCAUCAGAAUCGACAACACGUGGUCGUUUCCCGGGAUCGUUCGCCGCUCAGGAACGGCUCCGCGCCCUUGGAUACCGGGGAAGUGCGCGUGAAGGAAGAGCCACGCAGUAAAGACGACGAGGUUGUAAUGCUUCCACGGCCGCCAGUACCCGUCUCCGGAGCGACGGGGUCCGCGCCAGGACCUGGACCAAAUCCACUGCCCGACCCGAGACCAUACCACCAUCCGCAUCCGCACGCCUAUCUUACGAGGCAUCCGCACACUAUGCCAGCUUCGCAUUCCAUGCCGCGCAGCAUGCUUCCCAGUUUAAGCGCACAUCCGAUGCAACAUUUUCCACCGCCAACCGCGCCUGGCGGUCAACCGGGAGCCGCAUGGGCGGGUGAUCCCUUCCGGGAGAUCCCUUAUCGGUUCGACACGCUACAACAGUUACGAUAUAACCCGUUAGUGGCGGCGUUCAGAGCCGAGGAGGAGGAACGGGCGAAACUGUACGCCGGUUAUCCUCCACCGCCGAUAAACGCACUCAGGAGUAAGGACCCCAGUCCAGGUCCGCUCAGCAACUUGCACAUGCAUCAUAGAGCGGGACCCGGCCCGGGGGUACCGACGCGUCCGCUCGAGAACGCCCUCAUGCACGCGGAUAUUCACAAGAAAGAGGACGGAUCGCAGUCCCGAUGAUACAUCGCUUCGGCGUCCUCGGCUUCUGCGAGUGAACGCACCGACGGGCCGACCUUUUGAGCAUCCAGUUAAUGCUCGAAGCUCGGUGCUGAAUAUUUUGCUAACAGAGAAGAAGCGUUAUUUAAAGAAAAAGAAAGUGUAAAUAGAUACUAUAUAUAUAAUAUAUAAAUAUAAUAUUUAUAGUUAUCGAGAAAAGGAGUACGAAAACGAGUAUAGAACUAUGAGAAAACGUAACGAAGAUGCCUUGCUAACUAAUGCCGGUGUUUCCACCAAUAACGGCGGCUAAAUGAAUAAUGACGUUUUGUGAAAUAUUUACGGAGGGGGCAUCGCUGAUGUAUCACAAAUAAUAACGCUAUCGUUAUGUGAUUUCUGCAGUUUCAGUGAUCUGACUGUCUGUAGUGGUAACGAGCUCUAAUUAUUACGACGAUAACUAUGCGUACAUUUUAAAAAGUAUCGUGUGUAAUAUUAAUAGUUAUUAUAGAACGUGAGGCGAUGGUUACAUAAAAAGGAAAAAAAAUGAAUUCAAGAUAGGAGAAAAAGUUAAGCGGAUCUCUAUUAUUACUCAAAAAUUAUUUAAUUAUUUAUUUAUUGCGACGUAUAAACGAACUUGAAUCUCUACUACUGACGUACAAGUGCGUAAGAUUUGCUCUUAUUUAAUUGAUGUAAUAUACAAAUGAUCGAAUGUAAAUUUUACUUAGACUUUAAUUUGUAUAUUAGAGACGGUAAAAAAAGAGGAGAAACUAUGUCAAAUGAAAAGUGUUCUUUGGCUUUCGGCGGCACGUGCUUUUUUCAUUUGCAUGCUGGCUAAAAGCACUCCCGUGCUUUCCUGUGAUAAAAAAAAAAAGAAAAAAUUAAUCAAGAAUAGUAAAUCGUUCGUUUCGUUUCACCGAAAAUUGAAGAUGCAAAUACAAUAAAAUCAAACUAUCUCUGCUAAAAUUAUGUUUUGCAAUUAGUUUGUUUUUCUAUUAUUUUUUCUAUUUUUCUAUUAUUUCGGAAAACACAGGAUGACGCUUAAUAUAACAGCAGUUUGUCCGUGCCAAAGUGCUUCAAUCAAAGAAUUUUUAAUACUGUGUGCAUGUGCAUAUAUAACAUUCGCCGUGUUCAAGUCGGACGAAGCUGCUAACCUGCCGGCCAAGCAAUUGAAUGUGAUCGAUAAUGGAUUUAUCAAUCACAUUUAAUUAUCAGUAAAAAUAUCAUCAUGUUUAUCGCUCGGCGAGCAAGCUACCUACUUUCGGCUUGAACUCGUCCAUUCAAAGUCUGUUUUUUUUAUAUGUUCCCAAUGAAAAUGGCAGUUUCACAGUUUUAUUCUUCUCUUUUAACCAUUCUCUCAAUUCUCAGCCAUAUACGUCGUUGUGUUACCAGAGAGCCAAUUAUGAGAUCUCUUAAAAGUUCUGUGCCAUGGACCAGGUUACGUUCGAAUAUUCCUGGUGCCUCAAAAGAAAAGAAAAAAAAAACCCGCGACUUUUCUGAAUAAUCGAAAGAAUUCCCAGACUCUGUUCCGUUUGUACUGUAAAAUCACAGUAAAAUUGUAUAUUAUAUAAUUAACAACUAUACACACGCAGUUUAAAAAUUGUAGAUAUUUUUUAUCGACGCAAAGUUACAAUGUGAUGCAAUGAUUUUAUGUUCAUGUAGAUAUCGCGAAAUAUAAAAGAGGAUUUUGUGUGAAUAGGUUUUUUCUAAAACUGAUUCUUUGUAAAAGGAUCUAAUAAUCAUAGUUUCUAUCAA